AUGCUUCCAUCGAUACAGCAGGAGUAGAGCCAGUACAUGGAGUUGCCGAUGGGCGUCACCGUGGUGAGCGUGUUCGGCCUGGUCUUCACCGCCUCGGCCUUCGCCUGGAUCUGCUGCCAGCGCAAGAACAACACCAAGUCCCAGAAGACACCUCCCUACAAGUUUGUGCACAUGCUCAAAGGGGUGGACAUCUACCCCGAGAGCCUGGGCGGCAAGAAGAAGUUCGCCAACACCGACGCCGCCGACGCCGAGGCGGGGAAAACCGACGUCAACGGGAACUGCCACGCCCCCUCCCCCCCCCUCCCGGCCGCCUCCCCCAACGGCUCCAGACCCGGGCUCCACCUGGACCUGGAGAACCGGGAUCUGAACGGCAACUUCCCCGACCAGGCCACCUACAACCAGCAGAAGGUCCGCAGCUCCCCUGACCUGGAGCCGCCCUCGCCCCGCCUGGGGUACGGCCGGCCCGGGGCGACGGACCGCCGCCGCGACGCGCCCUCCCCCUCCAGCUCCCUGUCCAGCCUAGCCCCCACCCCGGCGGCCCCCGCUGGACAACCGGCCCCCCCAGGGGGAGGUGGAGCCCCGGCCGGCCUGGGGACGCUGCACUUCUCCCUGGAGUACCAGGCCGAGAGGAAGGCCUUCGUGGUGCACAUCAUGGAGGCCCACGGCCUGACCCCGACCGACGAGCAGUCGCUGACCUCCGACCCCUACAUCAAGCUGACCCUGCUGCCCGAGAAGAAGCACCGGGUCAAGACCCGCGUGCUCCGCAAGACCCUGGAGCCGGCCUUCGACGAGACCUUCAGCUUCUACGGCGUGGCGGCGGCGCGCGUGCCCGAGCUGGCGCUGCACUUCAACGUGCUGAGCUUCGACCGCUUCUCCCGCGACCGCGUCAUCGGCGAGACCCUCGUCCCGCUGGCGGGCCUGGACCUGUCGGAGGGACGCGUGCUCAUGAGCCGGGAGAUCGUCAAGAGGAACGUCAAGAAGUGCGGGGGCCGUGGUGAGCUGCUGCUGUCUCUGUGCUACCAGUCCACCAGCAACACUCUGACCGUGGUGGUGCUGAAGGCCCGGCAGCUGCCCAGAACCGAGAACAACACUCCCUCAGACCCCUACGUCAAGGUAAACCUGUACCAGGGGAAGAAGCGGGUGAGCAAGAAGAAAGCGCACGUGAAGAAGUGCACGCCCAACCCCGUGUUCAACGACGUCUUCGUCUUCGACCUGCCGUCGGACGGCGGCCUGCGGGACACCAGCGUGGAGCUGCUGCUGCUGGACUCGGAGCGGGGCGGCGGCGGUGGCGGCGGCGGCGACUCGCACGGCUCCAAGCCCGUCCUGGGGCGGCUGGUGCUGGGCACCGACGCGCCCGGCACCCCCGGCCAGCACUGGAGGGAGAUCUGCGAGCAUCCGCGCCGGCAGAUCGCCAAAUGGCACGCCAUGCUGGAGGACUAA